UCUCAGCCCUCUGUCCCGCCCUGCAGACAGCCAUGAGGUCCUCUGUGUCUCGGCAGACAUACUCUACCAAAGGGGGCUUCAGCUCCAACUCUGCCAGCGGAGGGGGUCGGUCUCGGGCCCGCACCAGCUUCAGCUCGGUGACAAUGUCCCGGAGCAGUGGCAGUGGUGGGGGGGCCCGCUGUGGCCCCAACACGGGUGGCUUUGGCAGCCGGAGCCUCUAUAACUUGGGGGGCAAUAAGAGCAUCUCGGUCAGUGUGGCUGGAGGGGCUUCAUCGGGUCGGGCUCUGGGAGGCUUUGGCCUUGGCAGCGGGGCCUUCACAGGCCUGGGGGCUGGCAGGCAGACAUUCGGGCCUGCCUGUCCUCCUGGUGGAAUCCAGGAGGUCACCAUCAACCAGAGCCUGCUGACCCCCCUCAACGUGGAGAUUGACCCCGAGAUCCAGCGGGUGCGCACCCAGGAGCGGGAGCAGAUCAAGACCCUCAAUAACAAGUUCGCCUCCUUCAUUGACAAGGUGCGUUUCCUGGAGCAGCAGAACAAGGUGCUGGAGACCAAGUGGGCCCUGCUGCAGGAGCAGGGCCAGAACUCAGGUGUCACCAGGAACAACCUGGAGCCCCUCUUUGAGGCCUACCUGGGCAACCUGCGGCGGCAGCUGGACGGCACCCAGAGCGAGCGGGGGAGGCUGGACUCAGAGCUGAGGAAUGUGCAGGAUCUUGUCGAGGACUUCAAGAACAAGUAUGAGGAUGAAAUCAACAAGCGCACUGCAGCAGAGAACGAAUUUGUGGUGCUCAAGAAGGAUGUGGAUGCCGCGUACAUGGGCCGAAUGGAUCUGCAUGGCAAAGUGGGCACUUUGUCCCAGGAGAUUGACUUCCUGCAGCAUCUCUAUGAAAUGGAGCUCAGCCAGGUGCAGACACAUGUGUCUGACACCAAUGUGGUUCUCUCCAUGGACAACAACCGCAACCUUGACCUGGACAGCAUCAUUGCCGAGGUCAAGGCCCAGUACGAGCUGAUCGCCCAGAGGAGCCGGGCUGAAGCCGAGUCCUGGUAUCAGACCAAGUACGAGGAGCUGCAGGUGACGGCUGGGAAACAUGGGGACAGCUUGCGGGACACCAAGAACGAGAUUGCUGAGCUCACCCGCACUAUCCAGAGGCUGCAGGGUGAGGUGGAUGCAGCCAAGAAGCAGUGUCAGCAGCUGCAGACGGCCAUUGCAGAAGCGGAGCAGCGUGGGGAACUGGCACUCAAGGAUGCUCAGAAGAAGCUUGGGGACCUGGAUGUGGCCCUGCAGAAGGCGAAGGAGGACUUGGCUCGGCUGCUGCGUGACUACCAGGCCCUUAUGAAUGUCAAGCUGGCCCUGGAUGUGGAGAUUGCCACCUACCGCAAGCUGCUGGAGGGCGAGGAGAGCAGGAUGUCUGGAGAAUGUCCCAGUGCCGUCAGCAUUUCUGUGACUGGCAACUCUACCACUGUGUGCGGAGGCGGCACGGCUGGCUUUGGGGGUGGCAUCUCCCUGGGUGGGAGUGGAGGGGCUAGCAAGGGUGGAUUCAGCACAAGUGUGGGCUAUGGCGCUGUCAAGGGAGGGCCCAUCUCUGGGGGCACCUCCAUCCUGCGGAAGACCACCACGGUCAAGACAUCCAGCCGGAGGUACUAGCUGCCGAGCCUUGCAAGCUGCGGGCCCCUGCAGUCCUCUCCCUUUCCCACUCACCCCUCUUUGCUUCCCUCCCCACUCACCUUAGGAGCAGGAACAGCCCAGUGGACCACAGACCCAGUGUAUUUUCAUACAAGACUAUUUGCAUAUGAUUUGCAUUUUGGGAAGGGCUUAAAUCUACCCAGACUUUCUCCUUGGUUCUAUGAUGGGAUGGGAGGGGAGGUUAAAGUCACCCCUUGAGUGAUGUGUUUCGGUGAUUUGGGGGUGACUUUCUGACCAUUGAGAGGAGGUUGGCUUUCCCAGGCCAUUUUGGCUUCUCUCAUUUCCUCUGCUCGUCUGCUCUGAGCUCAGGACAGACUGGAGGAGGGGAGAGUAAAGUCGGAAGUGGUCCCCAAAGACCCUUCAACCUCCCCAAUCUCCCAUCAGACCCAGCCCUCCCUAGAUGUACUCACAUCCCCCUCCCCUGUCUGUGUCUGUGAUGUGUCUCAAUAAACAGCAACUACAGCUA